CAUUUGUUGAAAAGAUUCGAAUCUAGUGUCGCAUGAUUUGAGCGUCAUCAGCAGCUGGCGUACAUCAGUGGGGCACGUUGCACUUGGGAAAUAUUGUGUUAUACGAUUUUAAAUACAAAAUCCCCAUGGCAAAUGGUGCUGAAGACGUCGUAUUUUGUCGUGGGACGGGUCACAGUGAUGAUUCUGACAUUUGGGAUGAUACAGCUUUAAUUAAAGCAUAUGAUAAAGCGGUUGCGUCGUUCAAGAAUGCAUUGAAAGGAGAGGAUAAUGUGACGCCACACAAAAAAGACAACCCCGGCAAGAAGCGGAAAAACAACAAAAAGAGUAAAAGCAGAAAAAGAUGUAAUGCAGCACCCGAUAAAGAGUGGCAAGUUGGGGACUCCUGUUAUGCAUUCUGGUCUGAAGAUGGCAACUUGUAUGCUGCUACGAUUUCCUCAAUCGAUCAGGAGAAAGGCACCUGUGUGGUCUUUUAUACUGAUUAUGGUAAUAAGGAAGAGCAAAACCUCAGUGACCUUCUGACAGAGGCUUCAGAUUUGGAUGAAGACACUCAGAAAACGGCGGAUGUCAAAGAGGCUGAGUCUUCGACAGAGGAGAGCGAUCGAUCUUUCACUCCGCAGCAGUCCGGCCAUCAGAAGCACAAAUCUAAGGGCAGAUCUCCCAUGGGGCCUCCAUCAUGGGUUCCUGGUUUCCCACCUGGACCCCCACCAGGACCUCACUUCCAAAAGAUGGAUGGCAGACGAUCAGAAGGUCCUGGACCUUUCUUCCCUGGAUGGCCUCCAAUGAUUCCACCCGGUCCUCCAAUGAUCCCACCACCUCCACCAAUGAGUCCAGACUCUUUGGAGGAUGACGAGGCUUUGGGCAGUAUGCUUAUUUCCUGGUACAUGAGUGGCUAUCACACGGGAUACUAUUUGGGUUUAAAACAAGGUCGUAGAGAGGCUGCAGCAUCUAAGAAAUCACAUCGGAAAUAAAGAACCAACGAGCGGCAUAUGAACGUGAUUCUGCAGCAGGCUUGAUUCAGAUUUCUAUUUUGUAUGGUUUGUAAAUAAAUGAAUUAAAAGUAAUUGUGCUUUU